GGCCAAGACGCGCUGAGUAAGAGGGCUUUUUAAACGUGGAAUUACUUGGGGCUACAUCGUGGCUACAUUGCGAUACUGUACAUAUGGGUGACAAUUUUCUUCCCUUGAAAUAAACAUCCAAAUGGCAAUAGCUAAUAGGUUUUCCUGUGGACUUUGGAAGUUUGACUCUAAAAUGUAUGAUGGAUCUCGGUGACUCUCUUGGUUGCAGACUUUUUGGAUACUCUCAGGAAGACCUUCACACUUCAACACACCUGCAGUAACUGGAGUAUAUCAUUUUCCUCAUAUGCGUACCAUGAUGUGUUUCUUAUAUGAACUUAUGAAGAAGGUGUUUCACAUCUGAAAGUUGGUGUGUGAAUGGAAUCAAACUCAUAAACUAACAAGGGGCACGCAGUGGACAGGUCAAGCGGAAACCAGGGAACUCUUGGAUUAUCUGUGAAGAAAAACAUUUGCAAUUGGAUGAAAGAAUGUAUGGAAUAAAUCAGCGCUGUAUUUACAUAUCUUUUCAUUUCUUCGUGUUGUGGUGCCAUGCUCAGGGGGAGAAUCACCCGUCUCCUCAUUUUAACCAGUAUGUGAUGGAGCAGGGCGCAAUGACGGACCAGCUUAGCCGGCGACAGGUCAGGGUUUACCAACUAUACAGCCGGACCAGCGGGAAGCACGUCCAGAUACAGGGCAAGAGGGUCGCCGCUACUGCUGAGGACGGCAACAAUUACGCACGUCUCUUUGUAGAGACUGACACCUUUGGCAGUCGGGUUCGGAUCAAAGGUGCAGAGAGUGGACGCUACCUCUGUAUGAACCGGAAGGGGAAACUAGUUGGAAAGCCUAAUGGCAGAAGCAGGGAUUGUAUCUUCACAGAGAUUGUUCUGGAGAACAAUUACACUGCCUUCCAGAAUGCCAAGUAUGAGGGCUGGUAUGUGGCUUUCACCAGGAAAGGGAGGCCCAUCAAAGCCUCCAAGACGAGGGAGAACCAGAGAGAGGUCCAUUUCAUCAAGAGGCUACACAAGGGCCCACUACCUUUCCCCAACAUGGACAGAAUCAAACAGUUUGAGUUUAUCAGUUUUCCACCCACCCGUCGAGCGAAACGGAACAGGAAAUCACAGACUGCUGCCUAGUACAGAACAAAUCAGACUAUUAUUGAGGAAAAAAUAGAAUUUUAUUUUUGUAUGUUUUUAAUAUGUGAAGAUACUUAAAAUGCCAAAAAGUCUAAAGUAAUAUUGUUGUAAAAUGAUCCCAUGUAAAUCAUG